AACUCAAUGGAGGAAGCCAUUUCACGAGGGCUUCACACUUCACUCCCAUGGAUUAGGGUUCCUCUCGAAUUCUCACAGAGCGCGAAGAAUUUCGCCAUUUCGACCACUCUACAACUCUCCAUUCCCAUCCUCCGCUCUCCCAAUCCGCUCUUUUCGACCUUCAAACUUUGUUAGACAACUCAAUUAGUACCGAUGAACAACAACCACUCGAUCGUCUCUACGAGGACCUCUCGGCUAAAUCCCUCUCUCCUUCCUCUCUUACUCGCGCCAUUGCUUCCGCCAUGGAUGAAUCUUCCACCUGUGUUUCGGUGUGUGAGGAGAUUCUUGAAGCAGCGACCACAGGGUCAACAGGACCAGGAUGAUUCUAAUAAGGAGUCUAGUGCUCCCAAAAGGAAGAGGACAGCCAGUUUUAAGGGUAAGGGUUUGCGGAAACGUCCGAGGCAGAGUUCUAGUGGCAGAUACGAUGAUGGUGAAUUGGAUGCAAGAGUUUUGUAUCCCGUACUUGAGAGGUUAGAGAUUUUAAUGAGUGUAAUUCAUUUGGAUCGAUUUCCGGAUAGUUUGAAAUCUUUGAUUGAAACUGUAAUUGAUAUUCCUGUUUUAGCACUUGAAAUAUGUACCAAUUUAAGUAUCUAUAGUAAGUUCACUGAUUUUUGUUCGCGGAUUUUGAGUGCUAUGUUGCGUCCUGAGGAUGGGGAUCUAUCGAAUACUGCUGUGAGGUGAUUAAGUCUCUAUCAC